GCCGCGCGAGAGGCGCUACAAGCGGGCAGGCAAGCAGGUCGGUGCUGCGUCGGCGGCGAUGUCGGCGCUGGAGUGGUUCGCGCACAAGUCCCUGGGCGGAGGCAUCUACUGGAUCCAGGAGCGCUUCUACGAGUCGGGCAACCGGGCCAACAUCUGGCUGGUGCGCGGCUCGCAACGGGACGUGGUGAUCGACACCGGCCUGGGGCUGCGCAGCCUCCCCGACUACCUGCGCUUGGCCGGGCUGCUGGGCGCCGACGGCGACGAGAAGGCACUUCUUCCUCCGGAGGGCGCCGCCGGGCGCCCCAGGCCGCUGCUGGCCGUGGCCACCCAUGUGCACUUCGACCACGCCGGCGGGCUGCACCAGUUCGACGAGGUGGCCGUGCACAGCGCCGAGGCCCGAGCGCUGCGCCGCGGCGACAACUACGAGACCGUCACUUGGCUCUCGGACAGCGAGGUUGUGCGCCAGCCCACCCCGGGCUGGAGCGCCCGGCAGUUCCGCGUGCGGCCCGUGCAGCCCACGCUCGUCUUGCAGGAGGGGGAUGUGAUCCACCUUGGUGAUAGACAGCUCACUGUCAUGCAUAUGCCUGGCCACUCAAGAGGAAGCAUUUGCUUACAUGACAAAGAACGGAAGAUAUUGUUCAGUGGGGAUGUUGUAUAUGACGGAUCAAUGAUUGACUGGCUUCCCUACAGCAGGAUAAAUGACUACGUUACAUCCUGCCAGCGACUGAUAGACUUAGUGAAUAGAGGUCUUGUAGAGAAAGUCCUUCCGGGGCAUUUUAACACAUUUGGAGCUGAACAGCUCUAUCGUUUGGCUUCCAACUACAUUUCUAACGCUGGUGUGUGCCACAAAGUUUCUACGUGCGCAGUCAGAUCGAUUGCAAGCCUAGCACUCCGUGCCACAAAUUCCAGAACAACUUCAUAGUAUAACUUGUUUAAUAAUAAUAGUAUUGUAAAACCCGAUGGCAUAUGUAAGUUUAUUUAAAGGAAAAGCUGGCUGAUAAGCCAUAAAGAUUCUUAUUUUUAUCUACUUAAUUUCUACCAA